CAAAUGAAAUAACUAAAAUACACCUCAUAAAUAAAAGUAAAUAAAAGAAACAUUUCAGUGAAUAACCGACUGGGGGUUUUCAUAAUGAUGCUGUAUAUAAAAUAUUUAGGCUCCUAGAUUUGUUCCUUUAAAACAGAUUAAUCUGAAGGAAUUUUUUCCUCUCUACAGAACCUUUUUCUGUAUGAUAAAUAAAGGUCCGUCGAUGCCAUAAAAGCACAUUUAUCCUGAGGAGUGAGUGGUCAUUGGUGUGUUUCCGUCAUGAGAUGCUCCCUCCGCUGUGUGUUUUGGGCUCUGCUCUUUUUCUGUGUUCUUCUGCUGUAUCGUCAGUCCUGCAGGACUCGCAUGCAAACUGAAAGACCAAAAGGAGGAGAUCUGGACCAGAUUUUGCUGGAUCUUCAGGACCAGCACUUUCUGCAGCUUUCCUCCAACCUCAGCAGACUCAUACAAGAGCUACGGGACAAACUGCGCUGGUCUGCAUUUGCACAACCAGAGGAUCAGCAGGAGCUGCAAAAUUUCCUUCAUCAGCAGAUCGUCCGGGCCGAGAGCAGAUCUGCAGACCGGUUGGAGGACGAGUUCACAGUUUCUGCCCUUCCAGAGCAGCUCCACAGCGUUUGUCAGCUGGAGACUGGCCUCAGUAGACGGCCAGAGGAGGCAGAGCUCCGACCUGACCGCAGGAAUGAGCUGAACGAGGCUCUGGAGGCGGCGCUACACCUGCUGAACCAGCCGGAGCCCGGAGACUCACAGACCAGGAGGAUUUACUCUCCAAAACACUUCUAUGAAGGAAUCUUUCGCACAGAGCAGGGCACAGGAACUACAUAUGAUCUUGCAUUCCGGGAUAACGACGUUCCAGACUUCAGGAGACUCGUUUUCUUCCGUCCUUUCGCACCGCUGGUGAAAGUCAGAGAGGAUCUGCUGGACGCCUCACAGAUCCUCAUCAAUAUAAUCAUACCAUUGACCACACAGUGGGACACAUUCAGACGAUUCAUGCAACAAUUCAGCGAGGUCUGCAUUGGUCAGAUGGACAGACGGCAUCUCACCGUGGUGUUGUUUGGGUCUGAGAAGAGAGAAGUGAAGGGAAUUCUGGACGUAAUAUCAAGGAGAAUGAAGUACAGGAACGUGACUCUGAUCCGUCUGAAUGAAGAGUUCUCCAGAGGCCGAGCGCUGGAUGUUGGAGCUCGAGCCUGGAAACACAACAACGUGCUCCUGGUUUUCUGUGAUGUACACGUCCACUUCCACCGCAGAGUUCCUCACUCCUGCCGCAUCAACGCACAACCAGGUCAGAAGGUUUUCUAUCCAGUGAUGUUCAGUCUGUAUAAUCCAGAACUCCUCUAACGGUCAGCAUGUUCCUCUGCUCAACAGCAGAUGGUGAUCAGGAAGGACUAUGGAUUCUGGAAGGAUGAUGAUUUCAGCUCGACGUGUCUGUACAGAUCAGAUUUCAUGAACGCAGGUGGAUUUGGUGUGUUUUCGGCGAGGGGAAGUGACACAGCAGACCUACAUCUCUACAGGAAGUUCCUGCACAGUGGUGUGAUGGUGAUCCGGGCUCCGUCCAGCCUGUUCCUCAUGUGGCACCAGACUGUGUGUUCCCAUCACUCCUCCACUAAGAGGUUUCAGCAGUGUGUGCAGAAUAAAGCUCUGAAUGAAGCCUCUCAUGCUCGAAUGGGACUGAGGAUCUUCCAGAAGCAGAUUCGUGAACAUCUGAGCAGACGACAACAUAUGCAGACCUGAUCAGCCACUCACGGCGGUCUCAUAACUGCUUAUAAUCAAUUAUUAAGCAGUGUUAGGGAUAUUAUAACAGCUAGACACCAGUGGUAGCAAUUAAAAGCAGUUGUAAACAGUUAUAACUGGCACACGACUGCCUAUAACGAGCACACAACUGCUUAUUACUGGCAUCCAAC